AUUUUGCUGGAAUCCUAUCAAUAUUGUUAUCAUUUUUUAAAAAUGUUUGCGAAGCUGUAAAAAAAUGUUCAUGCUUGAGAAAGCGAAACGUUACUUUACACAAUACGACAAAGUAUAGUGGUGAACUAUUAAGGCUGUUUCAUCAUUAAUUGUGAAAUGUUUACGUUGUUACAUCAGUUCUCAAUACCGGAUAUAACCAUGUGACGUCGAAAAAAAAUUUCAGACCGCUCUAAUUUGUUUCCAGUAACUCAUCUCCUUCAACUACAACAAUAAUAAUAUACUAUCACAAUUAAUAAUUUCUACUAGAUGUAUGAAAAAUUUUACAAUCUACUCCUUUUUAAUUAGAAAUUAGCCGAAGAUGGUCUUUAUCGUUGUUUACAUCAUAUUAUUUAACUUUGGGGAGACUGAAGCUGAUUGUUUACUUCCGUGUCCAAAAUAUCACAAUAAUUUUGAUUGUAAUUUCUACAAUUCUACUUGUUUCACCAACAAUGAAAGUGUUUCAUUAGACACCACCAAUGAAAUGAUGCCAGCUAGACCAGAAAACCUACAAACAAAGUUCUUUGAUAAUGCCAACAUCACAUUUACCUGGAAUGCAGACACUUCAACAAUCAAGCGUUUGCAGGGCUUUCUCUUAAAUCUGACUGUAAUUCAUGGUAUAUGUAAAGCGGGACGCAAUCACUUCAUUCGAGUAUUUACAUACACCAAUAUAGGUCAAAUUGAAAAAUACAAAAAUGAACAGUUUAGCUUAGAAGAGAAUAGUCUUUGUGCAGCUGACUGGGAAUUAGAGCUAUAUUCUUUGCCCAAAGGUAACUGCAGCAAAAAUGUGCAGCGCCAAAUUCUGAUUUUGCCCCACCAUAGCAAAGGCAACAAUGCUUCUGGCUCUUGGCAAAGUUCAAUGACAAUCACAUACAGCUAUCCUUUGCGUAACAUUGAAGUAAACUUCACAAAAGCUCCAGAAUAUUUCAAUUUUGAAAAGUAUAACAUUUCUCUUGAGAAAAAUAAUGAAAUUGUUGAUUCUAGAAUCAUAAAGAAAAUUGCAGAGCCAUCUGUUACUUUUGAAGUUGAUACUUCUGGAAAAUAUGUUGUAAAGCUUCAACCCUUUUCAAAUGAUGAAAAUAGAUGUCUUUGUCGCACCAAGGAAAACAAAUGCAAAUUAUGUGAAGUCACAAGUUCACAUAAAAUAGAAUUUACUGAUAUAUGUCCGAAAAAUUCAACUCCAGAACCAGACAAUAUUACAUAUUUUAUUAUUGUGGGUGUUAUAGUUGCAAUUAUUUUUAUUUUAUUCAUUGUGAUAUAUUUCUUUUGCAAAAGUUCCAAAAAGCUUCCAAAGAAAUAUGCUUUGUUAUUGUGCCUCAAUGAUCAUUUUUUGCAUGAUGAGGCUGUGCAACUUUUAAUUAAAUAUUUGGAAAAUUUCGGAGUGAUUGUUCACCAUGCCAAUAAAUUUGGUAAAUGUGUCUUUGAAGUAUAUGAUAUUGUUCUUCUUAUAAAUUCUACUGCAUUGGCUGAGAGACAGAAGGCUUGGGCUGAAGGAAAAGAUUAUGAACAAUUUUUUAUGGAAGAACAUUCAAGUAAGCUGACCAAUGAAACAUUCAUAUUGAUUGAUGAAUUAAGCCUUGCAAAAGACCGCCAUAAGAUUAUAAGCUUGAAAUUUGACCACACUCCUGACAGUCCAGUGUUUAAGCAUUAUCCUUCACAAAAUGGAAAUUUUUCUAUUCCAAGAAAUUUAUUUGACAUGGUUAAAAGUAUGGUUGAUGUUUCAAUAAAAUUUCGAGGAUUUUUUAAAAAGCAAGCAUUACUGAAUGCCAUCAGCAAUGCUGCAGAAUAUGAAAAAUGCAAUAAAAAUUGGUUUUCAGAAAAAUAUGGUGAUCCCAUUCCUGAAAAUGUUAUCUCCUCUUUAAACAGCAAAGAUAGAAAAAGUAUGAAAAAGAAUAACAAUAACUUUAAUAUAGAUAAUUCAAUUAACAGCUGCAAUGUAAGUGAAUUGCUCCACACAUUACAAAAGAAAAAUGAUCAAGGAAUGCUGUUGAACUUUUUGAACAUGAACAAUAUUGAAAACAGUAGUAUACUAAAUGUUUAAGACAAUCUACAAGCAAUAUUUUCCUUCAGUUUUAUGUAACUGUAUGAUGGGUUAGGUUUACUUUGCAGUUUACUGUAAGACAGCUAGCCUUAACUGCCACUGUUGUAAAGUUUUAUGAAAUGUUAUGUUAGGGCAUGACAAUCUUGAAAUCCUGAAUCUUUUUUCAGAUGUGUGUGAAGUAUAUAGUACUAGGAAUGAAUAUUUGGUUUCAGCUUACAGCUUGGUAUAUUUGUAUGUAAAAGUUUAGUCUUUCAAAUUAACACUGAUUAGAAGAAAGAUCACUAGUUUUUAUGUAAAUUAUCUACUGUUAUUAUGACUAUAACUACUACUUAUCAUAAAAAGCUUUCUCUGAGUGUUUCAUAAUCUAAUUUAGAUUCUUGGCUGUGUAUAUUACACUCAGAUGUUCCUUAGAAAGGCAUGAUCAUUUCUUCUCAUUUAGCUCUAAUUACACACAUUUUUUUUUUCAGUAAUCUAAGUCUGUAAUUUAGUUUCAAAUCUGAUUUAAUGCCAGUUCAUCUUUCUAAUAUUACUGUUGUGUUUAAACCUUUAGCAUUUAAACCAGCCAUAUCUGGAACCCAAAUAUUCUACCUGUUUUGUGUCCAAGUCAACUACAUCUGACCUCUCAUACCUACACUACAAUGUCAUUCUAAUAGUAAACAAUCACAUCAUCAUAAUCUCAAAAUAAUACAUGAUCAAUUCAUAAUGUGAAUAAAUAAACAUUACAUUUGACAGAAUAAUCUGAAUGCUAAAGGGUUAAAGAUAUCAAACGGCAGUGUUGUAGUGAAAAAAAAGUAAGACAGAAACAAUUUGUAUCAAGUUCCUGGUUCCAAGAUUUCACCUCAAUUAGCCACUAAACUUGUAAUGUCCAGCUGUUGUCAAUGAAAUUUAGAUGGACAGACUCUGCAGGCUUCAUUCAUCACCCAAUAAACUUUUAAGGGUUACGGAAAACUUAAAGAAAAAAACUGAAGACACUUAAGUAACAGAGGCUGUCAUGGUGACCUUAGGUGCCUUGUGUAUUCUAAGCUGAAAUCCCCUUUGAGAUUAAAUAGGUACCAAUUCUGUACUAGAUCUGAUUCAACCUAUUCCGGUGAGAGAUAUGCAUCUUGUACCAAUAUAAUAAAUAAAACAUAUUCAAGUGAGCUGAAUUUAGGAGCCAGUUCUGGUUCCAUUUGAAACUUAUAUUUCUAAUAACUUUUAAAAAAUUGAGAAUCUCAUAUUUUGCUAUUCCUUCAUUAAAAUCUCAACUCGGAAGUCUUUUGUUGAUUAAACUUGAAUCCUUGCUAUUUUGGUGCUAGAUCAUUUUAAAUCAAACAAUUCAUCUUAGACAUUUUAAAUCAAACAAUUCAUCUUAUCAGACAUUGUCUGACAAACACAGAAUGUGAUAUUUACUAAUCAGACAGUCCAACUUCUUAAAACUUCUUUUUCAUAAACCAUUGUAUAUUUUCUUAUACAAAUAUAUUUUUGCUUUGGGAAAAAGACCUCAAAAAAAGCAAAAGACAAUGAGAGAUACAUUUUGUUGUUAAAAACAUUGCAUUUCUUGAUUGUUUUCUUAUUUGUUUUAAAAAUUGUUUACAUAGAUAAAAAAAAAAUUAAAUCUGUCAGGCAAAGUGAUAUUUGUUAAACAUAACUAUUGUUAUGCAUUUGUAUAAAUAAUAAAAUAAAUUGUUCAAA